AUGGCGAAUGAACUUAAGGAAAUUAACGAUAUUGUAAAAAAAUGCAGAAUUUUACUUUUGGACAUCGAAGGAACAACAACAUCGAUCAGCUUUGUUAAGGAUAAAUUAUUUCCCUAUGCAGAGGAAAAAGUGAAACAGUUUCUUGAAACCCAGUGGGAACAAGAGGAUGUUAAAGAGGCAGUAACAGCACUCCGGAAACUUGCUUUGGAAGAUAAAGAGAAAAGUGUUGAUGGAGUCGUCCAUAUUCCUGGAGAGGAUGCAUCAAAGGAGGAUCAGAUCGAGGGUGUGGUGAAUAAUGUGAAGUGGCAGAUGUCUGCUGACCGUAAGGUGGGCCCUUUAAAGCAGCUCCAGGGGCUCAUCUGGAAGCAGGGAUAUGAUAAUGGUGAUAUUAAGGGGCACGUUUAUGACGACGUAUCACCGGCCCUUGAGCAAUGGCAAUCUGUCGAAGGACAAAAAGUCUAUAUUUACUCUUCAGGCUCAGUCCAAGCACAGAAGAUGCUUUUUGGGCAAUCCGAAGCGGGAGAUCUCCUACGAUUCAUAGAAGGACACUUUGACACCGCUGUUGGCGCUAAGCAGGAGGCUGGCAGUUAUACUGCGAUAGCAGAGAGUAUUGGCUGCAAACCUGAUGAGAUUCUGUUUCUUACCGAUGUUGUAAAAGAGGCAGAGGCGGCGCGCGCGGCGGGGAUGCACGCGGCGCUGGUGAGCCGCGAGGGCAACGCGCCGCUGCCCGCCGGCGCCGCCGCCGCCUUCGCCGUGCUGCACAGCCUCGCGCAGCUCGCCUCCAACAAGCGCAAGACCGAGCCACAGGACGAGCUGCCCGCAAAAAUUGCCAAAACUGACAACGAGGGCAAUAUCAAAAGUAUACCUGACGUAGAGCCUGUCGUCUCUGCCAGUGUAGAAAAAGAAACCAAGAAAUCAGAAGAAAUGGAAGUAGAGGAAGAGGAAAAGGUUAUUGGUUCUACGAAAGAAGUAAACGAACAAAAAGAAGCUGAUGCUGCAUCUGUAGUAACAGAGACCAUUGUUGAAGAAGUUACUGAUGAACCAAUGGAUGUUCCUGUAGCUGAUGUAGAGCCCAUUGUCAUUGAGGAGAUGGUAGAGAAUACUGAAGAGAAAAAGACUGAACAAAUGGAAACUGAAUCCACAAAAUCCGAACCGUCUACGAAUGAAUCCAAAGGAAAAGAAGAUACGGUCGAUAAAAAGGAAAAGGAAAAGCCUAAGAAGGCUGCUCCUGUUGCCGAAGAAACUUCGCCCAUGGUUAUUACUGAAAUCGAAGAAGUAAUGAAUGAAAAAGUUUUAGAGGAAGCUGAAGAAAUAAUUGAUGAUAUUGAACCCAUAGUUGAAGAACCUCCAGCAAAUGAAGAUAUAGAAGUUUUACAAAGUGCUGGAGAGGUUCUAGAAAAGGAAUGUGAUGAAAUUUUAUCAAAAGUUGAAGACGUCACUAACUUGGACACCAUGUCCGUGAAACCUUUACUUAAACCUAUUGCUGAAGAAACUAUGGAAGCUGGAGAUUCUAAUGAUACAGUUGAUAGAAUAUUAGAUACCGAAAUAGAACAAAUGAAACAGAAUGAAAAGAGUGAAAAUGUUGAUACAAAAAAUACUGAACCAGAAAUAAAGGAAGAAGAAACAAAAGCGCUUACGGUUGACGAGAAAAAAAGUUCGGAAGGUGCUACUGACAAAGCAUCAGAAGUAAGUCCUGAAGAAAAAUUAGCAGAACAAAGGGAAGAAAUUAAGAGUGAAGAAAUAGCUAAAGAAUCAGAAAAAGAUCCUGAAGAUAGUAAAGCAGAGUCAAUAGAAGACAAAAUAACUAAGGAAACUAAUAAAAGCGAGCCUGAAAGUACAGAAGCGUCUGUUGAAGUAGAUGUAGAACAAAAAAUAUCAGAGAAAAUAUCAGACAGCGAUACAAAAGUUCCUGUAGAAUCAAAAGAAAAUACUGUAGGGGUUGAAGUCAAGCCUGAAAGUGAAUCAGCAGAGUCACAAAUGAAUGGGAAAAGAAACAGAGAAACUGUACCUGUUAGUUUGAAUGGAGAUGCUAGCAAAGAUGAAGAAUUGAGUUCUCGAUUGUCAGCUGAGAACGGUAAACAAGAAGAAUUAAAUGGUUCCAAUGGUGACUCUGUUGUAACAGAAAAAGUCCAAGAAGAUAAUAAGGUUGAAGCUGAGGUGUCCGACAUCAAAGUGAAAACUGUUCCGACUGAGGAGCCACGCACUGAUCCAAUAGAGCAACCUACGGAAGCAUAA